AGGAGCGGGUCGGGAGCCACACAGCUCAGGCUAACGUUGUAUGACCGGGCACAUUCCUCGUACGAAACGGGAGUUUAGCUAGAAAUGCAACGAGGUGCCAUGUUUGGUCGUUUAUCGUGUUAGGGGCGGUUCGGCGGAAUUGGUUUAUGUCGGGCCGUGGCAACUCUCGUCUCUGCGAACUUCCAAAUCAACAUUAGCGCUAUUCCGUAUUGGAAAGUGCUUUGAAUGGAUAGCUUUUUCAUCCGCUCUCCCCCAGACGAGGGACAAUCGGAGGAGCACACGGACUGGGGAUAUCGCAGGCAAAGUUGUUGAAUGUGUGUCUAUAUCAAAUGAGCCUUUGUUUUCAUUGUUGUUGUACCUAUAUCAGCAGUUGGCUGCCUAGUGUCAGGUAGCUUACUGCUAGCUCUAAACAGGGUAUUUGUUCCUCAAGGUGCAGGUCGUGCUGUGCGUUGUCUUAUUACACCACAUUUCCCGGGGUAAAGCCGGAUUGAUUUAGCUAAUUUCAGCGGGCCUCCCUCCUUGGAGCCCCGGGCCAUCCAUCCCACCCCCCGCCGUCAGCCAAGCGACUCGCACCCACCAAAGGCGCCGAGAUUGGGCGAAUAGCGAGCAAAUACGUCCGCGUUUCUCUACCCGCUCCCCCGCCGACCUCCCCUCCUCACUCCCCGGCGCUGACAGCGGACAAGGCCGAGGUCGCGACAGAGCAGGCCCGGCCGCCGAGGCUCGACCUGUCCACCCCACCUCCGCAUCCUACCACACCUCACCAGCAGUCCAGAACCCGGCUCCCCGCCGAGCCGACCCUGGACAAGGUCGAGGGUAACAGAGAUAGCAGGGAACCCCGCAUCACGACCAUAACAACAACAGCUGCCAACAUGAACCACCACCAUCACCACACGCAGCAGCAGCAGCAACAGAAAGCCGGCGAGCAGCAGCUCAGCGAACCAGAGGACAUGGAGAUGGAAGCUGGGGACACAGACGACCCUCCAAGAAUCCCGGCCAACCCGGUGAUCAAUGGUAACGUGGCCAUGGCAGAUGGACACAACAACACAGAGGAGGACAUGGAGGAUGACACCAGUUGGCGAUCAGAGGCGACUUUCCGCUUUGUGGUGGAACGCUUCAGUCGCCUGAGUGAGUCGGUGCUCAGCCCGUCCUGCUUUGUCCGAAACCUUCCAUGGAAGAUAAUGGUGAUGCCACGCUUCUAUCCUGACCGGCCACACCAGAAAAGUGUGGGCUUCUUCCUGCAGUGUAAUGCAGAAUCAGACUCCACGUCAUGGUCAUGCCAUGCACAGGCCAUGCUGAAGAUCAUCAAUUACAAAGAUGACGAGAAGUCCUUCAGCCGCAGGAUCAGUCACCUGUUCUUCCACAAAGAGAAUGAUUGGGGUUUCUCCAACUUCAUGUCCUGGAGUGAUGUUACUGAUCCAGAGAGGGGCUUCAUCGAUGAUGACAAAGUCACCUUUGAAGUCUAUGUCCAGGCAGAUGCCCCACAUGGAGUGGCCUGGGACUCUAAGAAACACACAGGCUAUGUUGGACUGAAGAACCAGGGAGCUACCUGCUACAUGAAUAGCCUGCUACAGACUCUCUUCUUCACCAACCAGCUACGACGGGCGGUGUACAUGAUGCCCACAGAGGGAGAUGACUCGUCCAAGAGCGUUCCCCUGGCACUGCAGAGGGUUUUCUACGAGCUGCAACACAGCGACAAACCCGUCGGCACCAAGAAACUCACCAAGUCCUUCGGAUGGGAAACACUAGAUAGCUUCAUGCAACAUGAUGUACAGGAGCUGUGCAGAGUGCUCCUAGACAAUGUGGAGAACAAAAUGAAAGGCACUUGUGUUGAGGGAACCAUCCCCAAGCUCUUCAGAGGAAAGAUGGUGUCAUACAUCCAGUGUAAGCAUGUGGACUACCGGUCAGAGCGGAUAGAGGACUACUAUGACAUCCAGCUUAGUAUAAAAGGAAAGAAGAACAUAUUUGAGUCAUUCAAAGAUUAUGUUGCAACCGAACAGUUAGACGGAGACAACAAAUACGACGCAGGAGAGCAUGGACUGCAGGAAGCAGAAAAGGGAGUGAAGUUCCUUACCUUCCCUCCAAUCCUUCAUCUGCAGCUGAUGAGGUUCAUGUAUGACCCACAGACCGACCAAAACAUCAAGAUCAACGACAGGUUUGAGUUUCCAGAUCAGUUGCCCCUGGAUGAAUUCCUUCAGAAGCCAGACUCUAAGGACCCAGCCAACUACAUCCUGCAUGCAGUGCUAGUGCACAGCGGGGACAACCAUGGCGGUCACUACGUCGUCUAUCUUAACCCAAAAGGAGACGGCAAAGUGAGUGUCAAGGAACCAAUAUGGUGCAAGUUUGAUGAUGAUGUGGUGUCGCGGUGCACCAAGGAGGAGGCCAUUGAGCACAACUACGGUGGACAUGAUGAUGACCUCUCAGUACGCCACUGCACCAAUGCAUACAUGUUGGUCUACAUCCGUGAGUCCAAACUCAGUGAGGUGCUCCAGCCGAUGACUGACGUGGACAUUCCCCAGCAGCUUGUGGAACGUCUGCAGGAGGAGAAAAGGGUGGAGGCACAGAAGAGGAAGGAGCGCCAAGAGGCUCACCUCUACAUGCAGGUCCAGAUGGUGACAGAGGACCAAUUCUGUGGACAUCAGGGCAAUGACAUGUAUGAUGAGGAGAAGGUGAAGUACACAGUCUUCAAGGUCCUGAAGAGCUCCACGCUGCAAGAGUUUGUCCAGAACCUCUCCCAGACCAUGGGAUUCCCACAGGACCAGAUGAGACUGUGGCCCAUGCAGGCCCGGAGCAAUGGAACCAAGCGACCCGCCAUGCUUGACUACGAGGCCGACUGCAACAAGUCUAUGAUUGACUUGAGCGACAACGAGAAUCCCUGGACAAUAUUUCUGGAGACUGUGGAUCCAGAGAUGGCGGCCAGCGGGGCCACGUUACCCAAGUUUGACAAAGACCAUGAUGUCAUGUUGUUCCUGAAGAUGUAUGAUCCCAAAACCAGAAGCUUAAAUUAUUGUGGACAUAUCUACACACCUAUAUCCUGCAAAAUAAGAGACCUUCUGCCAGUCAUGUGUGAGAGAGCAGGGUUUCAGCAGGAAACUAGCCUUAUCCUCUAUGAGGAAGUAAAGCCCAAUCUAACAGAGCGAAUACAGGACUAUGAUGUCUCUCUGGACAAGGCCCUGGAUGAGCUCAUGGACGGGGACAUCAUUGUCUUCCAGAAGGACGACCCAGAGAACGACAGCAGUGAGCUGCCGACAGCAAAGGACUAUUUCCGGGAUCUCUAUCACCGUGUUGAUGUCAUUUUCUGUGACAAGACCAUCCACAACGACCCUGGCUUCGUGGUCACGCUCUCUAACCGCAUGAACUAUUUUCAGGUGGCCAAGACAGUAGCGCAGAGGCUGAACACAGAUCCCAUGCUGCUGCAGUUCUUCAAGUCACAGGGGUACAGGGACGGUCCAGGGAAUCCUCUCAGACACAACUAUGAGGGAACGCUGCGGGACCUGCUGCAAUUCUUCAAACCUCGGCAGCCAAAGAAGCUGUACUACCAGCAGUUAAAGAUGAAGAUUACAGACUUUGAGAACAGGAGGAGUUUUAAAUCCAUAUGGCUCAACAGCCAGUUCAGAGAGGAGGAGAUCACCCUCUACCCUGACAAGCAUGGCUGUGUGCGGGACCUUUUGGAAGAAUGUAAAAAGGCAGUGGAGCUCUCUGAAAAAGGCUCUGAGAAGCUCAGGCUGUUAGAGAUAGUAAGCUAUAAAAUCAUUGGGGUUCACCAGGAGGAGGAGCUGCUAGAAUGUUUAUCUCCGGCUGCCAGCCGCACCUUCAGAAUAGAGGAGAUUCCUUUGGACCAGGUGGACUUGGACAAGGACAGUGAAAUGCUAAUCCCCGUCGCUCACUUCCACAAGGAAGUCUUCGGCACCUUCGGGAUCCCCUUCUUGCUCAAGAUCAGACAGGGCGAGUCAUUUCGGGAGGUGAUGAGGAGGAUCCAGACCAUGCUGGACAUUCAGGAGAAAGAAUUUGAGAAGUUCAAGUUUGCGAUUGUGAUGAUGGGGCGGCAUCAGUACAUCACUGAAGAGGAGUAUGAGGUCAACCUGAAGGACUUUGAACCACAGCCAGGUAACAUGUCCCACCCGCGCCCCUGGCUAGGGUUGGAUCAUUUCAACAAAGCUCCAAAGAGAGGUCGCUACACCUACCUGGAGAAAGCAAUCAAGAUCCACAACUAAAGCAGCCCGCCCUUCCUCUUUGUCCUCCUCAUCCUCCUCCUCCUGCUCCGCCUUCCUCCCUACCUACUUUAACACACCAUAACCACAGACUGUAACCAACCGUGUGUGUGUGCGUGUGUGUUUGUUUGUGUGUGCGAGACUGCGUGGGCGUCCGUGUGUGUGUGUGUGUGUGUGCGCGUGCUCGUGUGCAUGCAUGCAUGCAUGCGUGUGCGCGUGUGUGUGUGUUCAUCACUUUUAACACCCCGCCUGGACACCUCUACAGCUCUACACCGGCACUAUGUCUUCAGCGAUAUGGAUCUUGCUGCAGCUGACGGAUUAUCCUUCAACCACAAAAUAAACUGCACCAACCACCUCCUGACUGUUGAUUUCGUUGUUUAUUUUAGUUUUUUUUUUAUCAUCCCUCUCUACGUUUGAGGCUGUCUCCACCCCCUACCACCACCACCCCAGCUUCUCUACCUGUUGACUGCCUGUUUUUUUUUUUGUUUUUGUUUUUUUUUUGCCUGUCUGGAAAUGGGAGAAAUUAAAUUGGAUUUUAAUAUAAAAAAAGGGGAGAGAGAAGAGGAAGUGGGACACAGUAUAAAUAUAAGUAUAUAUAUAUAUAUACAUAAAUAUAUAUAUAUGAACUUCUAAACUUAGUUUGUUUUGUUUUUUCCUUUUCCCACCCCACUCACUGGCUUUUUUUCCUUCAGUUUUUUUGGGGGGGUUGUUUUUAAAUAAAGAGUUGUUUGAAGAGGCAUCAUGCUGCUGUGUGGAGAGUUUGAUGGAAGGAUGUUUGCGAGGACUAACUGACAGAAAAACAGCGAACUGGCGUCCAUCCCGAGGCUCACUAGUUGUUCUUUAUAUUUUCUGCUCCCAUCUUUAGUGCAACAAAACAAGUAUUUCCAAGUUUACACGCACUUCUUUCUCACUUAGUUUGGUUGGAGGAAAAGUGAAUACUUUUUUUUUUGUCUCUUUCUGCAGAUCUUGUAUAAUAAAAUAAAAAUUCACAGCAUCUGUUUAAAAAUAAAUGGGAAAGAAAAAUAAGGAGGAAAAUUUGUCUGUAUUUCAUCUUGCACGUUGGCACUUAAUGUCAGAGGUCUCUCAGGAUGGGCAGAUGUACAGUUUGUUCGUGGUUUUGAGUUGCUCGGUGGCUUUAAAGGAACACACACACACACACACACAUACACAUGCACGGACAUGACCGCCUUGGCUUUCUCUUCCAUUCUUGUUUUUCGGUGAGGGGGGGUUUAAUGUCUCUCGGUCAUUCCUCCUGAACGCAAACACACACGAGCUUCGACAUCUUCUUCUCUCGAUUGAAACUGUCGCCUCCAGGUGAUGGGGAGCAGUAACUGCGCUAUGCUUGGUAGGGAGCCUCAAACGCUUUGAGCCCCACAGGUUUGAGGAUUGUGUAGAGACAAAACCAGCAUUGUAAGAAACACUUUAAGUCCUAUGAAUUAUUUUCUUUUGUUUGUUUGUUUCCUUUAAAGCACAGAUGGAAUGCUCCCCUAAUAGCGCAUAGCUGGCUCUGUAAAGACAACAUUUAAGAAUUGUAUAUUUAAAAAUAUGAACGUGUAAAAUUUAAGAGAAACACACGCCUUUGUUGUUGGGUACAGAAGGAGCCAGGUGUCCAUAUUUCUUAUGUGUAAGGUUUUCUCUUUUUCUUUGCGUUCCUGAUGUACCAUUGACGAUUUUUUUUUCUGUUACAUUUGGAUUUUUUUUUCUUUUCAAAACUAACUGCAUUGGUUUUGUCUUGUUAAAAAGCAGUACAAAGAUGACCUGCAGAAUCACACCUUAAUUUGAUCUUUUCCAGUUUAAAAUCCUCAGUGUAGCAGCAGUGUACGACAACUAUUCCUGUAUAUUGCCUUUUUGCUGGAAAAUGUAUGUUGAAUAAAAUUUUCUAUAAA